UGAUUGCCUAGUGCGUUUCCGGUUAACAGUUGGGACGUUAGAAAAUUGUAAACAGAACAGAAGAAAGGAUGUACAAUGUAGCUUUAAUACGAAGAGCAAAAUGAGUUUUGGAUGGAUACCAGAUGAUAUAUACACAGGGUACCAGCUGUGUUGGAAAGUCUUCAAUGAAAUCUCUAAAGUUCUAGGUAAAUGAAUUAACCAAAUGUGAUGAUAUAAAAUGGCUUUUCUGAAGAAAUAUUCAAAUGAUACAUAAAGACAGCAUUCUUAUUGUAAAUGAACACACUUUUGAUGGGAACUUAGAUCACGAUUUAAUAAGGAUUAGCCGAAAAAGUUAUAAAGAUGUCGUGGUUAUCUUCCUUUUCACCACUAGAUGUCAGAAAGAGGCCUCCGACUCCAGAAUUUCCUGUCUCACCUUCAGACUUUGAUGAACAGGAAAUAGAGGCCAAAAAGAACAGCACAAUGACAAUGCCAAGGUCACCAACAAAAAGUCAUAGGGCUGGUAUAUUCCGAGGUAGAUCUUCUACACCUGAUCGUGUCAGGGCUCCAAGUCCUGUAACCAUUCCAACUGUUCCAAACCAACCACAUAUGCAUAGUGUUCCACCUUCACCACGGACUGUGCGGAUGGUCAAGGUUAUGCCUGACAGUCCACAACUUAGCAGAGGUACUGGUAGACCACCCACACCAGAUGAAUCGGUAGUACAGGACUUGUCAUGGCUACAACAUUUUAUCAUAUGGAAUGAAAGGGAACAGCCCAUCUUUUCUACCAAAGCCCAUGUGUUUCAGAUAGACCCAGAAACUAAGAAGAACUGGAUACCUGCCAGUAAGAAUGCUGUCAGUGUCUCUUACUAUUAUGAUUCUACAAGAAACACAUACAGAAUUAUCAGUGUUGAUGGAUCUAAGGCAAUCAUCAACAGUACAAUCACUCCUGGAAUGACCUUUACUAAAACAUCCCAGAAGUUUGGCCAGUGGUCAGAUCCAAGGGCAAACACAGUCUAUGGACUUGGAUUUACAUCAGAGGCAGAUUUGGCAAAGUUUAUAGAGAAGUUCAAAGACAUCAAAGAUCUUACAAGACAACAGGUAGCUCAACAACAAGUACAGCCGCCUCCACCACAACAUAGUCCUCAAAUUAACGGGAAUGUUGUAGACGAGAAUCACUCUGCUAGCCAGUCUACCCCUGCUCUUCCUCCCUCCCCAGCAGGUGCACGCCAGGUCCUGCACCAUCGCAGCUCUAGCCUCUCUGCUGUUCAGACUGAUAGCCCAGAAGAUCCAGCAGAAAGCCCUGAACAAUCUUCAGUAGAAAACAAAGGAUCUCAGGAUGGUUUAAACCUGAAAGAGAGAAGAAACUCAUUUAAUACUCCUGGUUCUACUGGGAACAGUCCAGAAAGUCAGAUGAAAUAUGAAAAUGAUAGACUUAAACUUGCCUUAGCCCAAAGUUCAGCAAAUGCCAAAAAAUGGGAGAUAGAACUACAGACACUGAAAAAUAACAAUGCUAGACUAACUGCAGCACUCCAAGAGAGCACAGCAAAUGUAGAGGAAUGGAAAAAACAAUUAGCAGCCUACAAAGAUGAGAGUGCUAGAAUGAAGAAAAAGGUUGUAGAAAUGGAGAAACAACAGAACAACUCAGAACAGAUAGGAGCUUUACAAACAGAACUACAGCAACUGACAGAACGAUUAGAGAAAGUACAGAUAGAAAGUCAAGAUAAAUCAGAUGAAAUUAAUCAGCUUACACGAAAAACAGAGGAACUUAGUGCCAAAGAGACCAAAAAUAAUAAUAUGCAAUCCAAAUUACAGAGUUUAGAAGAGGAAAAUAAAUUAUUAACUUUAAAAAUACAAGAUUAUCAAAGACAAUUACAAGAUUGUAAAACAAUUCGUGAUAAAGACACUUCAGAAGUGUUAACUCUUCAGGAACAACUCGGCAAUAAGGUUACAGAACUAUAUGAACUCCAUGAACAAAUCGUCUCAGUAAUUCAGAAAGAAUCAAACAGCUGAUAAAAACCAUUAUUUACUUAAUUGUACAUUGCAACGAAUAUCUCUAGCCAAGACCAAUACAUGGCAGCAGACGACUGUUUCUAUGGAAACCAGAACAACAACAUGAGAACAGACUCUGAUUGGUGAUAAUUGUGAUAUGUAUUAGAGUUAUAUAUAAUCAUUUAAAAAAGCAAUAUAGUUUUAAUGUUUUGUAUUUUAUCAAUAAUAUUCAAGAUUAGAUCUGAUACUGUUAUACACAUCAUUGUAAGAAAGCAAACAUAUAUUAUGCAAUUCAUUUCUCAUCAAUUUAGUAAAUUUUGAAUGCAGCAAAUUUUAAAAAUUGUGAGCUUUACAUACCUUUUUUCUUGUAUACAUUUAUAUCCAUAUUUUUGCUUUAUAGCACUGCAUUUUCAUUUCUAUCACAACUUUAAGAUGAUGUUGUGGCAUAGGUUAACAAUAAGACUAUAUUGAUCUGUUGUAUAUGAGAUUAUAAUAUUUAUUUGCCAUCAGAUCAAAGGUGUUUUGAUGUAUUAUAGCAGUAUUUACAUAUAUGUAUUGACUUUUUACCAACAAUGAGCUAGGAUAACCUUGGUAAAUUAUCUUUUUUGUUAAGUUAGAUAUUUUUUGUUUAUUUGUCUGCUUCAGUAUUUAAGUUGAAAGCUUUGAGAAAGGGUUGCUGCUUCUGGCAUUUAACAUGGUUGUUUAUAAAUGGUUGUAUAAUCUACAUGUGUUAUAGUUUUAAGACAGUAGAUGUUGUUAUAUUGAUUUUUAACUUAAUUUCUUUAAACAAGUACCAAAUUUUAUAAGGUCAAUAUAGAUUUGACAGGAGUUCAAUUGUAUAAUGAAUGACGAUAGACAUGUAGAAUAACUUGAUUGAUAUAUGCUCAUAUCAUUUUACUACCUCUUAGUUAUUUGUAAGUGUAAAUAUAGAGAAACUUCGCUGUUACUGUAAUAAACUCUUUCUUGUUGGAAUUUAGAAUUACAUAUUUAGGUGUAAUACCACCAUUGAUUUUCCCCUAUUAGUAUUUGUUAAAUUUGCACUUUUCAAAAAAUUGUGCAGAAUUUAUCUUUGUUUCAAAUAAAGAAUUACUUGGCAUGAGUAAAGUUUUAUCCUGUCCAGUUCUAUAGAAAAAGUUUCACAUAACAUUUCAUUGCAUAUAAGAAAAUAACCAUCAUUGGAAGUUAACCAAUCAAAUUUCUCCCCUUAUUCUAUCUGUGUACAAAGUUUAGUCCCCAUGUAACCUCAAGAUUACAAAAUUUUCUAUUGAAAUCACAAAUAAAAAAAAAUUGGUGUUUUGAAAUACCCAAGACAUAUGUUUAUGACACAGAAAUAGUUUUACUGCAAUAAAAUGUAGGAUUAAUUACCUACAACGGUCAAAUACAAGGGAAUAUUUUUUUAGACCUACUUUAGUAUGCAACCGGAUGUGACGUACCAUGAUUUGGUGGUAUUACACCUUUACUACUCUCUCUUUCUAUGUGCAUAAUGCAAUAAACAAAGUCAGUUUUUGAAUGACUGUUACUAACUUUAGUUGUAAAAGUCUGUUGCUAUUGCAAAACUUUAUCCUUAUACUGUUGAUUUACUAUCAGGAUUUUAAAUGAGAAAUUUUGAAAUUAAUAAAAAAAAUAACCAAUUAGCAACACUUUUAAAAUGUAAUGGUCAAGGUUGCAGCUACAUAAAUUUUAACAUUUAUUUAGUAUAAUUUUUCUUUGUUACAAUUUGACUUUUGACUUAAAUAGAGUUAUAAUUCUUGCCAUUUAUAUUUAGUAAGACAGGAUGACAAACAAAAACAUAAUGCAAUAUUCUCUCAAUUUCUUUGUUGCUAUGAAGAACAGUUAGUGUUCUUAUGUUGUUAUGUUUUGGAUGAAAUUUUGUGACCGUUAUGAAAUUUCAUAUUGGCCAGUAUUACUUUUUAUUGUAAAAAAACCAACUAGAAUUUAUAUUUGUAUUUUUCAUCUGUGAAAAUAGUUUCAUCAUAUUGCGUAAUAUUUAUAUAUUAAAGUAAUUGGAAUUUUAGAUAUAAAAUAUGACAGGUUUA